AAACUCCAGAAAUGCGAUUUCCGCCAAACCCUGGUCGGUAUGUUUAUAAUUUUUCUGAUAUUGUUCUUGAUGACACUGAUUUGCAAGUAUUAUCCAUAGGCACUAAGUUUUGUGAUAAUCACGUUAGAAUUAAUAAGAUGGAUAUGCAAGUCCAGUUUGAAAACUUUUAUGCACAAACUGAAGGAUUGACACCCUCGUCAGCUGAGGCAGUUGAAAGUCUUAAAUCAACUCUCGUCGACUGUUGUUAUAAAUAUAUAAAUAGUAAACGGAGACAGAAUAGCUUAUUGACCAAGAAACACAGGGAAGCCCUAGAUAAGCUCCGAAAUAAUGAGAAUAUAAUAAUUUCGAAACCCGAUAAAGGCUCUGGAGUAGUAAUAAUGAAUAAGACUGAAUACAUAGAUAAGAUGAAUGGAAUACUCAGUGAUCAUCGAAAAUUUCAAAAAAUCACGUCUUCCGUCGAUCCAACAGAAAAAGUAGAGAAACAGCUAAUCGAGUCACUAAAAAGACUUAAACAACAAAGUAGCAUCAUAGAAGGUUUAUAUGAAUCUCUAAAGCCUACUGGCACGAUUACACCAAGAUUAUAUGGACUUCCAAAAGUGCACAAAAUUGGUUUACCACUUCGACCAGUGUUAGAUAUGUGUAAUUCCCCAUACCAUGCCACAGCAAAAUGGUUAGUCAAGCUCCUGAAACCUCUGCAUAAUGAGUUGGUAAAACAUAGCGUAAAUGGCAGUUUUGAAUUUGUUGGAAAAAUAAGAGAUCUUAAUGUGAAGGACAAGUUUAUGAUAUCUUUUGAUGUAUCCUCCUUGUUCACCAACGUACCGUUAAUGGAGACAGUGGAUUUUAUAUGUGAGGAGAUUACUACACGAAACAUAGACAUCGGCAUUUCUGUAUCCACCUUGAAGGAACUUAUUUUAAGAUGUACAAUGAACGUUCAUUUCUUAUUCAAUAAGGAAUAUUACAGACAAAUUGAUGGUGUAGCUAUGGGUUCCCCAUUAGGCCCAAUCCUAGCUGAUUUUUUCCUCGCUAAGUUAGAGAAUGGACCACUGAAAGGAGUAAUUAGUGACUUGGAUUUCUACUGUCGAUAUAUGGAUGAUACAUUUCUGGUCAUAAAAAACGAGGACGACGCAAUGAACAUCCUUGACAAGUUUAAUGAUGCCCAUUCAGCAAUAAACUUUACUAUAGAGAAAGAAAGUAAUGACUGUAUCUCAUUCCUAGACGUCUUCAUGGCAAGGAAAGAAGAUGGCACACUAAGAAGGAGUGUGUACAGGAAACCUACUACAACAGGACAGUACACUCAUUUUUUGAGUUUUGUACCUUUGAAAUAUAAACGCAACCUGGUAAAGUGUCUGGUUCAUAGAGCUAGGUUAAUCUGUUCAGACGACUGCUUCAAUGAGGAGCUUAAGAUUAUUAGAGAAUUACUUAGAAAAAAUGGUUAUCCAGAUAAGUUUAUUGAGAAAAAUAUGAAUUCAUCACCUAGGACAGUGACUAUGGCAACAGUUCCGAAAAAACCACUGUUCAUAAAACUUCAGUUCCUCGGCGACAACAUCAGCGAAAUAAUAACACAGCGACUGAAGAAUGCAGUUAAAAGAGCUUAUUAUGCAGCAGAGGUACGCUGUCUCUUCACAACCACACCUAUCCUACGUUCGAGUAAUAAGGAUAAACUACCUAAAUUCGCCUCUUCUAUGUGUAUCUACCAGUUUGACUGCAGCUGCGGAGCCAGCUACAUCGGGCGAACAAUUAGGCAGGUUCAUCAUCGUAUUUCCGAACAUCAUCCGGCAUGGUUAAGCAAGGGACAAACAAAAUCUAUUCGUAGCUCUAUUUUAGCCCACCUUGUAGAUAGUGAGCAUAAGGUUGAUGUUAAUACUGCAUUUAAAAUUAUUUAUCGCAUUCCUACUAAUCUUAAUUUUGCUUUACGAGUUCGUCUUCUACAUACAGCUGAAGCAAUAGGAAUCCACCUGAAGAAGCCAAACUUGUGUGUUCAGAAGAAAUUUGUACAGCCACUUUCCUUACCUUGGCCAUCGUUACAUGACUGUAUAAACCGGACUACUCCAUCACCCUCCCUCUAGAAUAAUUUUUCUUUUUAAAAACUAUAAUUGUCCAAAUUAUUUUAUUUUUCUGACUACUUCAUCUUUAAUUACGUGUUAUCCUUGUAAAAAUUAUUUUAUUCUUAUGACCACUUCAACUUUAGUUACAAAUUAUCAUUGUCCAAAUUGUUUUAUUUUCUUUAACAAUCUGUUACGUAAUCAACCUGUGCACACGCUUAUUCCUUAAUUGCUCUUCAUUUUUCCAAAAUUAUGCAUUAUGCAAUCCACGUGUUGUAACCAUUUCCACCUUUUAAUUAUAUAUAUUAUUUUUCUUCGUUAAUUAUCACCCCAUUGACAUUUUGACACCGACUAAUUAUUGUUAACAAACAUAUCGCCACUUGAUUGGUAAAUUGUUG